AUUUAGGGACGGGGGAGUAUGUUUUAUUCCUAUUAAUUUUUGAUUCAAAUUCCACUUCCUUUCUGCACAUCUGCGAUGAUCUUGAUGAAAAUUUUUUGCUCUGUUGGUUUACAGAGAUCAAUCGCAGAAGGAGCUCAUGAUGAUUUUGAAGAACUUAAGUUUUUUUUUUACCAAUUUUUUUUAUUUCUUAUGGACUCAUCUGUGCUGCUUUACACUGAUGUAUUGCCUAAUUUGUGAUUUCCUGAAGUUUCUCGCAGUGCUCAAUGAAUUUGUCUCCUAAAGUGUAACUUUUCUUUUGGAAAAUUGCAGAUUUAGCUAUUGAUCCUAAGCUCAGUGGUUCCCUCUCACUUAUUGUGCAGAGCUCAAUACUCAAGGAGCUCGGGGCUGAAUUGUGGCACCUUACAAGUGAGCCAAUCCAGACAGACUGUACUAAAAUUGUUUAUCUCGUUCGAGCUCAGCUUGGCUUGAUGAAGAGUAUUUGCUCAGCCAUUCAUAAUGAUGCUUCCAAGGGGAUUCAAAGAGACUAUUUUUUGUAUUUUGUUCCUCGCCGUGCAGUUGUAUGUGAGAAGGUACUAGAGGAAGAGAAAGUCCAUCACUUAUUGACGAUAGGCGAGUAUCCCUUGUAUCUACUUCCUCUGGAUGAAGAUGUUUUGUCUUUUGAACUCGAUACGGCAUACAGAGAAUUCACAGUUGAUGGAGACACAACCUCUCUUUGGCAUACAGCAAAAGCCAUUCACAAGCUCGAGGUUGUUGUGCCAGAUAUUAACACUCUCAUCCUCAUUGACAGAGAGGUGGACAUGGUUACACCUAUGUGUUCCCAGUUAACAUAUGAAGGGCUAAUGGAUGAGUUUCUUGGUAUCAAUAAUGGUGCGGUGGAGGUAGAUUCUUCUAUAAUGGGUGCCCAGCAAGAGGGGAAGAAAAUGAAGGUUCCUCUAAAUUCUAGUGACAAACUAUUCAAAGAGAUACGGGAUCAGAACUUCGAAGUUGUUGGUCAGGUUUUACGUCAAAGAGCAACAGCUAUGAAACAAGAUUACAAUGAGAUGCAAACAACUAACCAAACUGUUUCUGAAUUGAAAGACUUCGUUAAAAAACUCAACUCAUUGCCUGAAAUGACAAGGCAUAUACAUCUUGCUCAGCAUUUGAAUAAAUUUACAUCUAAACCUUCAUUUCUUGGGCGGCUAGAUAUGGAACAUACUAUUGUGGAGUCCGAAAGUUACGAUAUAUGCUUCGAGUACAUUGAAGAGAUGAUCCAUAAACAGGAACCUCUUGUCAAUGUUCUACACAUUCUCAUAUUAUUCUCGAUCACAAAUUCUGGAUUACCAAAAAAGAAUUAUGACUACUUAAGGCGAGAGCUACUUCACAGCUAUGGUUUUGAGCACAUUGCUACAUUAAACAAUUUGGAAAAGACGGGAUUGUUCAGGAAGCAGGAGUCAAAAAGCAACUGGAUAACAAUUAAACGUGCUCUUCAGCUUAUUGUUGAGGAUACUGACGCUGCCAACCCCAGAGAUAUUUCCUAUGUCUUUUCUGGAUAUGCACCUCUCAGCAUUCGCCUGAUUCAGCAUGCCAUCCGAUCUGGGUGGCGUCCCAUUGAAGAAAUAUUAAGAUUGCUGCCAGGGCCCCAUUCAGAUUGCAAGAGGAGUGGGUUUGCAAGCAAUCCGUCCUUUGACAGUCUGCCAGGGUCCAUAGAUUACUCUAACAAAAUAUGUGAUGGAAGGCGGUCCUUGGUGCUUGUUGUUUUUAUUGGCGGGGUGACCUUUGCCGAGAUUCAUGCUCUUCGAUUCCUGAGUUCCCAGGAGGGGAUGCCAUAUGAUUUGAUUGUAUUGACUACAAAAAUAGUUAAUGGGCACACAUUGACAGAAACAUUCAUGCAGAAACUGGGCUAACUGGUAAAUAUCUACUCCCCCCUAACAGCCAUGAAAGAAGAGACUUUUCUUUGUUGUUUGAUGACAUUGUUCUGUACUUCCUCCGUCUCAUUUUAAGUGUCCUAUGUUCGACUGAAGUUAUUUUCAAAUUAAUUUAUAUGAAAAUUGGGGUAAAAUUAAAAAAAAAUAAACUUUAUAUAUUUAAAAACUACUCCGUAUAUCAAAAGAUCUACAAAAUAAAAGGUGGCAUGCCUGUAUUAUUUUAUCAUUUGAGUAACAAAAAACAAGUAAAGAAAGUGAUUAAAGUUUGACUUUGUGAAUAGUAUAGAAACAACUUAAAUUUGAUGGAGGGAGUAUGAGUUUGCUUGCAACCAUAUUGUUUGGAGUGUGAUUGACUUUAAAAGGUAGGGUUGGUUUAUGU